AUGAAGAUGGUUUGGUGGAAGAAGAAGCCCUUUCGGCAGCAUCACCUGUGGGCCCUGGGCUGCUAUAUGCUGCUGGCCGUGGUUGCUCUGAGGUUUUCUCUCAGGUUGAAAUGUGACUUUGAAUCCCUGGAUCUGGAGUCCAGGGACUUUUGGAGCCAGCCCUGUAGGGACAUCUUGUACAAGUCCCUGAAGCUGCCAGCAAAGAGAUCCAUCAACUGUUCUGGAAUCAUCCGAGGGGACCAGCAGGCAGUGACGGAGGCUCUCCUGGACAACCUGGAGGUCAAGAAGAAGCGGGAGCCCUUCACAGACACCGACUACCUUAACAUGACCAGAGACUGUGAGCACUUUAAGGCCGAAAGGAAGUUCAUACGGUUCCCUCUGAGCAAAGAAGAGUUAGACUUCCCUAUUGCAUACUCUAUGGUGGUCCAUGAGAAGAUCGAGAACUUUGAAAGACUGCUGCGAGCUUUGUAUGCCCCUCAGAACAUAUACUGUGUCCAUGUGGAUGAGAAAUCCCCAGAAACUUUCAAAGAGGCAGUCAAGGCGAUUGUGUCAUGCUUCCCAAAUGUCUUCAUAGCCAGUAAGUUGGUUCGGGUGGUUUAUGCCUCCUGGUCCAGGGUGCAGGCUGACCUAAACUGUAUGGAGGACUUGCUCCAGAGCUCAGUGCCGUGGAGAUACUUACUGAAUACAUGUGGGACGGACUUUCCUAUAAAGACCAAUGCUGAGAUGGUCCUGGCCCUCAAGAUGUUGAAUGGGAAGAACAGUAUGGAGUCAGAAAAACCUACUGAGUACAAAAGGUCUCGCUGGACAUAUCACUAUGAGGUGACAGAUGCAUUGUACAUAACCAGCAAGAUGAAGGAUCCUCCCCCGGAUAAUAUACCUAUGUUCACAGGGAAUGCCUAUAUUGUGGCUUCUCGAGAUUUUGUCCGGCAUGUCUUGGAGAACCCCAAGUCCCAAAGACUGAUCGAGUGGGUGAAAGACACCUAUAGCCCCGAUGAACAUCUGUGGGCCACCCUUCAGCGUGCACCGUGGAUGCCGGGUUCUAUUCCCUACCACCCCAAGUUUCACAUCUCUGACAUGACAGCCAUUGCCAGGCUGGUCAAGUGGCAAAACCAUGAGGGAGACAUCAGUAUGGGGGCACCUUAUGCACCUUGCUCUGGGACCCACCAGCGGUCUGUCUGUGUUUAUGGGACUGGGGACCUGCAUUGGAUUCUUCAAAACCAUCACCUGUUGGCUAACAAGUUUGACCCAAAGGUGGAUGACAAUGUUCUUCAGUGCUUAGAAGAGUACUUACGUUAUAAGGCCAUCUAUGGGACUGAACUCUGA